CACUGCCUCCAAAUCCAAACACAAAGAAAGCAGCCAGCCAACCCACCAUGGUGUUUGAGCGAGUGAAGCGACAGGUCAAGGCCAAGGCCUUUGACGCUGAAGGCAACGAAGUCGCGUUUGAUGUGCGAGCAGAUGAGGAACAAGGCCUCAAGCAGCAGGAAAUCAUCGACCUGCUCCUGGCUGCCGGCUACUUUCGCGCGCGCAUCAAGGGUCUCAGUGACUUUGACAAAGUUGUUGGCGGCAUGACGUGGUGCAUCACAGCCAGUAACAUCGACGUGGAUGCAGAUCUGCUUUUUCAGGAGAACAGCACCAUCGGCCAAAAGAUUGCUUUGACUGAGAAGAUUGUGGCAGCCCUGCCACGCAUGAAGUGCCCCCAUCGUCUUGAGCCGCAUCAGAUUCAAGGUCUUGACUUCAAGGGCAUCUUUCCCGUCGUUCAGUGGUUGGUGAAGAAGGCCAUCUCCACGCGUGAGGAGCGAGCGAAUCUCAUUCGCCAGCGCGCUCUCUUCCACUUCCACAAGGACAACCAGACACCAGAGGAGGAAGCGUUCGUGCAGCGGCAGGACCAAGCGGCGGCAUCAACAAAGAUGGCACAGUCGUCGUACCAGCCGCGGCGCCAGUUCAAAGCGCCAGAGCGGACAGCAGUGGAUCGACACACGCGCGUGCAGUCCACGCUCCUUGAAUAUGGAAGGCGCUAUGGGUUGAGCCGCGCGGCGGCAGGCAAGUCGUCCAAAGCGGACAAGAGCGCGGCGGUGGCCAAGGCGCUGACGCCCGACCAGCCCGACGAGGAGGACGCGACGAAACAGCAGGAGGAGCACAUCAAGAAACUCAUGAGCUCAAUGGCAGACGCGACGGAGGGCACCGUGUCAUCAACAGCGCUCGGGUCCAUGAUGGGCGCACACUCUGCAGAAAUUGCUCAACUGUCUGAGGACUACCGCGCCCACGCGGCGGAGAUGGCGGCGGCGGAGAAUGCGCGGACCGGUGGGACCGCUGCGCACCAGCGAGCACUCGACGCCCUCAACAGGCAGCGGUCGCAGCUGGCAAAGAAGAUUGAGCAGGAGACCACUGCCGCCGACGCAGCCGAGCACGCCCUCGCACAACACCAGGCGGCGUUUGAUGAGGCGCGGGCGGCGCGGGAUGCGCUCGAAGCGGAGACGCAGCGGCUGGACGCGCUGGAAGGCGACGAGAGCAACAAGCCGCUCAUUGCCAAGCUGAGCCAUCUGCUGAGAUUGUUCGAUUCGCUGAAGCAGCAAGAAAAGGACUUCAAGGGAACAUGCAAGGGCGAGAUGGAGACAUUGGAGGCAAAGAUUGAGGAGCUCAAGGCACAGGGCGUGCGCGUCAUGGACGCCCACGACGCUUCCACCAUUUCGGAACAGUACCAACAGGAACUGAAGAAGCUUGAGAAAGUCAAGGUUGCUGCUGCCAAGCGCACGCGCCAAAUUGCUCUCGUCCACCGCAAGAUUGACGAAAUCCCGAGCCGCGCGGAGUUAACGCAGUACCAGCGCCGCUUUGCAGAGCUCUACGAACAAGUCAACGCCAAGCACAGGGAGACCAAGCAGUACAUCACAUUGUACAACACGCUGCGGGAUGUCGAGACAUACUACAACAAGGAGCAGGGCUUGCUCACGUCCAUUCACACCAACUUCCCAAAGGCUCUCAAAUCAGCAGCUGCUGGUGAUCUGUUUGUGGACCAGCUGGAAGACAUUGUUGGCGGCAUCAAGAUGAGCAAGCAGAAGGCAGAUGCUAAGCAUGCACGAGAGCAGGAGCAACGCGACGCCCUUAGGGAGCAAUAUCUUCGACUCGUGGACAAGGAACGCUUGUACUACAAGACCGUGCGCGAUUACGAGCAGGAAAUGGUGCGCAAUGAGAAGUUGACCAACAAGCUGAAGAAGAAAGAAGGCGCAGCCCACAAGUAGACGGUGAUUGGCGAGGACGUAUUCGCCUGUUACACGCGCGCGUCGAACAUGUGUGUGUGUGUGUGUGUGCGUCGAAGUAAACGCGUUGAGAUGACA